GAAGGGUGGCGUUGUAAUUUCGUUGCAGUCACACUGUAAGAACACUCGAUUCCCCAUUCUCCAACCCCGUUUUGGUUCUCUGCUGCCAAAGGCACCCGUCCGUCGGCCGUACGUGGCACUGUGAUUUCUACGCCGCUUUCUUUGCGUCGGAGCCGCUCUCGAUCUUUGAAACUUAGGGCUUCUCCAGUUUCUGUUCCGCCAUUAGGGCUGGCUCCGCCUUGAGAGCCGCUGCUGUGAAGGAAACAAGAAGUCCGCGUUCCCUUCUCCUGGGAGUACCCAUCUGCGGCAAAUUCCUAGUGCCGAAAUAUGGAAGAGGAUAUCAACUCUUUUGUCUCAAGUGGCGUGGUUUCUAGCAUAAGUUUUAGCCUAGCUUCAUUUGAUGAAGUAAGCAAAUAUUCUAUUAAUAAUUGCCCAAUAUCACAUCCAAGCCAGUUGGGAAACCCUUUUCUUGGUUUGCCACUUGAAUCAGGGAGGUGUGAAUCAUGUGGGACUGUUGAGACUGAAAAAUGUGAAGGGCAUUUUGGUUAUGUUGAGUUCCCCAUACCUAUUUAUCAUCCCUCCCACAUUAGUGAGCUGAAGAACAUUUUGACCCUGCUUUGUUUAAGGUGCCUGAGAGUAAAGAAGGGAAAGAUUAAAUGUGAAACAGGAAAAGAGAAGAUCUCCAUUGCAUCUUGUACAUAUUGUCGGGAGAUUCAACCAGUUUCAGUUAUCGAAGUUAACAAAACUGAUGGAGCGGUUGGGUUGGAAUUAAGAGUUACCACACCAAAUAGGCUCCGAGAAGGUUAUUGGAAUUUCUUAGAUAGGUUUGGAUUUCACCAUAGUGAAAAUGGAUUUCAAAGUCUUCAUCCACUUGAGGUUAUUCGUAUUUUUAAUGAGAUACCAGAAGAAACUAGGAGAAGGCUAUCUGCAAAGGGAUUCUUUCCCCAUACUGGUUUCAUCAUUCAAUAUUUUCCUGUUCCUCCGAACUGCUUAUCCUUGCCGCAAAUUUCAGAUGGCAAGAUAAUUAUGUCAUCGGACAAUUCAAAAAAUUUACUUCGAAGAAUUUUCACUAGCAUCGAGAAAAUAAAGACUAAUCAUUCUUCUUGUAUUGAAACUCCAGAAAGUGACUUGAGUAGCCUGCAGGUAGCAGUUGCACGGUAUUUGAGUCUCAGGGGUGUUGCGAAGGUACCUCAUGACAUAAAUGGGAAGUUAAAGAUUAGCGUGGCAGCUGAAAAUCCUUCGAAGCAAUGGCUUGAUAAGAUGAGAACGUUAUUUAUCAGUAAAGGAUCUGGCUUUUCUUCUCGAAGUGUAAUCACUGGUGAUCCUUAUAUAGGGAUUGAUGUUAUUGGCUUACCAUCUGAAAUUGCUAAAAAGGUUACCUUUGAGGAGAGAGUGUCUGUCUAUAACUUGGAGCGCUUGCAGAAGAUGGUAAAUAAUAGGUUAUGUGUGGCUUAUACAGAUGGGGAGACGAAGUUCUCUAUAGAAACUAGUGCUGAAGGACAUGUAAAGCUAAAAGUUGGUCAAAUUGUGUGUCGCAGAAUAAUGGAUGGUGAUGUGGUUUUCCUUAAUCGUCCUCCUAGUACACACAAACACUCUGUCCAAGCUUUUUACGUGUCACUUCAUGAUGAGAAUGUUGUGAAAAUCAAUCCAUUGGUCUGUUCUCCUAUUGGAGCUGACUUUGAUGGUGAUUGUGUGCAUAUAUUUUAUCCGCAGUCACUUGCUGCAAAAGCCGAAGCUAUUGAGUUAUUUAGUGUUGAAAAACAACUUCUGAGCUCUCAUAAUGAUUUGCUAAAUAUGCAGUUUGUUCAGGACUCGUUGUUGUCCCUGAGGCUGAUAUCCAAUGCCUGUUUUCUGACAAAAAUGACAGCACAACAGUUAUCAAUGUUUGUUCCCCGUGGCUUGCCAUCACCUGCUUUUGUCAAGGCUCAUAAUCAUGGCCCAUUUUGGACUAUUUUUCAGGUGUUACAAUGUGCAUUUCCUGCCUCUCUUGAUUGUUCUGGUGACAGGCAUUCCAUCAGUGGUAGUGAAAUACUACAUGUUGAUUUUAAAAAGGACAUGAUCCAUGCAUCGCUGGUUGAUAUGGUUUCUUCUGUUUUGUCAUUUAAAGGUUCCAAAGAGGGGCUUGUGUUUUUGAACACUGUGCAGCCUCUGCUUAUGGAGAUGUUAAAUGUACAAGGAUUCAGUAUCAAUUUGCAGGAUUUUGAUGUCCCAAAGGAUAUUCUUGAAGAUAUUCAUUUCAAAUUGCAAGAGAUAUCUUGUUUGCUCAGCAAACCCCGAUCAUCUUAUAGAGAAGGCCAGGACUUGCAAGUUGAGGAUCUUCUCAAAAUUCUUAAAUUUCCUAUCACUGAUUUUAUUCUGAAGACUUCAUCAGUUGGUACUAUGAUUGAUUCGAAGAGUGAGUCAUCAAUCUUUAAAGUUCUGCAACAGCUAGGAUUUUUAGGCCUUGAACUAUUUGAGAGAGGAAAAUUGUACUCGAAGACCCUAGUUCAGGAUGUGUUUUCAUAUUACCUUGGAAAACAUUCGAUUGAUGGAGUUGGUGUUCCAUCUGAGGCCUGUGGUCUGGUUAAGGGUUCUUUCUUUGGUGGUUUAAAUCCAUAUGAAGAUUUUGUCCAUUCUAUUUGCACAAGAGAAGUUAUUGUUCGUUCCUCUAGAGGGCUGACAGAGCCAGGAACAUUGUUUAAGAAUCUAAUGGCGAUUCUUCGAGAUGUUGUAGUUUGUUAUGAUGGGACUGUGAGGAAUGUGUGCAGAAAUUUUGUUAUUCAAUUUCAGUAUAGAGUGAAGGAUGAUAUUGAUACUUCGAUUGGAGAGCUUGCUGGUGAGCCAGUUGGGGUGUUGGCUGCAACUGCAAUAUCUAAUCCAGCUUAUAAAGCUGUCUUGGAUUCUUCUCUCAGUACAAAUUCAUCAUGGGAGUUGAUGAAGGAAAUAUUGCUUAGCAAAGUAGGUUACCAAAAUGUAAUCAAUGAUCGGCGUGUGGUACUGUAUUUGAACGACUGUCUUUGUGGGAAAAGGUUUUGCAAGGAAAUGGCUGCAUUUGCUGUUCAGGAUUGCUUGAAGAAGUUUACCUUGAGGGACUGUGCUUCUGAAUUCACUAUUGAGUACAAGAAACAAAUAGUUCCUUGUGAUGGUUUGGAUGCAGUUUCCGGCCUUGUUGGUCAUAUUCACCUUGAUAAGGGGCGGUUGAAAGCAUGGAAUACGAGAAUAGAGGAAAUUCUUCCGAAGUGUCAAGAGAUUAUAUCUGGCAGUCAGAAGAAGAAAGGACCUCUUUCCUUUUUGUUUAAAGGAAUUGUUUUGUCAACCAGUGAAUGUUGUCAGCAGCCACAUGACGCAACUUUGACUGGUACCCCAUGUUUGCAGUUCUACUUUGAUAUAGGUGGUAAAAUACCUGGUGAAUCUCUGGAUAGACUAAUUCACAUUAUGGCAAAUGUUGUCUGUCCUAUGUUGUUGGAAACAAUUAUUAAAGGUGAUUCUAGAGUAGAUUCAGCUAAUAUCAUUUGGGUCGAACCUACAAACUCUUCUUCCGUGAGAGAUAGGAGACCAUUGAAGGGAGAAUUAGCCAUUGAAAUUUUUGUUGGAAGAAGUUAUGCUCGACAAAAUGGUGAUGCAUGGAGAACUGUUUUGGAUGCUUGCUUACCUGUUAUGCACCUCAUUGAUACCAGGCGAUCUGUACCCUAUGGCAUCAAGCAAGUUGAGGACCUCCUUGGCAUUUCUUGUAGUUUUGAGCAAUCAGUUCAGCGCCUAUCAGCAUCAAUUAAGAUGGUUGCGAAAGGAGUACUUAAAGAGCACCUCAUUCUUGUUGCAAAUAGCAUGACAUGUACAGGAAGUCUUCUUGGUUUCAAUAACAGCGGCUUCAAGAAACUUCUCCGCUCGUUGAAUGUUCAAAUGCCAUUUACUGAAGCAACUUUAUUUACUCCAAUAAAAUGUUUUGAGAGAGCUGCUCAAAAAUGUCAUACAGAUACGCUGACUAGUAUAGUUUCAUCAUGUUUAUGGGGCAAACAUGUUGCAGUUGGUACUGGUUCCUGCUUCAAAGUUUUCUGGGAUAAACAGCAGGUGAAAGCUAACCAAGAUGUAGAAAAGGAUGUUUAUGAUUUCCUAGAGUUGGUGCAGACAGCAUCUGCUGAAAAGGAAGUUGACGUUGAUGAUCUCAUGUAUGAGAGUGAAUAUGAGUUCUGUGCUUCUCCAGUGUCAGGCAUACACAUUGGGAAAGAAACUUAUAAUGAUGGAAAUGAUUCCCUAUUCCAUUCUGAAAUUUUAGUACAGGAGAGAGAGGAUGGGAAUAAAUUAAACUGGGAAAGUGGUUCAGAGUCCUCAAUGAAACCAAAUAGUUGGCAAGGAUGGGAAAGUAAGAAAAAGCCAGAUAAACUUGAUUCCCAAUCAUCUCUAAAGAAAGAUGGUGCCUGGUCGGGGUGGGAUAUUGGGAAUGAGAAAGAGUCCACUAAAUAUGGAAGUCAAACACCUGAGGUUCAACAAGGAUGGGGUGGUUCAAGCAAACCACCCUCUGUGGAUACUGGCAACUCUGAAAGAGUUGAUAAUGGUAAACAAUGGAAUGAAAAUAGUGAAGCAAAUGGUGCUUGGCCAUCCUCCGGCUGGGGUUUGGCAAGUGAAUCCAAUGUUUCCAAAACAUGGAACAGUUCUAAUAAACCUGCAUGGAACAGUGACAUGACAAGUAAAGCAGCCAGAGGGAAUGGCCACAACGCAGAAAAGGCUAAUUUUGGAAGAUCUUCCGAAUCGAAUGAUUGGAAUGAGAAUAGAGUAGCAAAUCAUAGAGAGAGAGAUUGGAAUUUGACAGAUGCAUCCAAAAGUUGCAGUAGCUCUAAGCCUGUCUGGAAUACUGAUGGGUUAAGUAAAGGUGGAGCUUGGAGUAGUUUUAAGCAUGAAAAUAUUAGGUCUGAAAGGUCCUUCCAAUCGGAUAAAUGGAAUGAGAAUAAUAAUGCCACAGAUCAUGGAGAUAGUGCUUGGGGUUCAACUGGUGAAUCUGAAAGUUGGAAAAGUCCUGCUAAGACUAUAUUGGACACUGACGGGACAAGUAAAGCUGGCGCCUGGGAUAGUCCAAAAACUGAAAUGGUUAGUUUUGGAAGAUCCUCCGAACUAAAUAAUUGGAAUGAAAAAGGCGCAACAGAUAAUGGAGAUAGUUCUUGGGGAUAUCGAGGUCGUGGCUCAACUGAUGCUGCUUGCAGCAAUUGGAAAAGUACAUGCAAUACACAUAACAAUGAUGCAAGAGCUAAUGUCGAGUCCUCAAAUGUGGAAAAAUUGGAUGAGACCAAAGCUGCUGAUAAUGGAAAUAGUGGCUGGAAAUCUCGGGGCUGGGGUUCAACGGAUGGGCGCAGAACUUGGAAGAAUUCUUCUGCGAGGACAGGGAUAAAAUCAGAUGAACAAAGAGGUAGGAAUGCUAUUGGAAGCUCUAACAUGAAAAGAAAUGCCGAAUUGUUGACGCAUGAGGAGGAGCAGAUUCUUUUUGAAGUGGAACCUGUGUUCUGUUCUGCUAAAAAAAUAUUGCAUGAUGCGAGUGUUGGCCAACCUCUAUCUACUGAGCACCAGCAGGUUAUCAAGGAGCAAGUUUUUGAGUACCAUCCUGAUAAGGAUGGAAAACUCUCUGGUGGCCAGAUUGAUCACAUUAUGGUUGAUAAGCACGAGACUUUCACGGACAGCAAGUGCUUUUUUGUUGUUUCAACCGAUGGGUCGAGGUCUGACUUCUCGUACAUCAAGUGCUUGAUGAAUCUGAUUAAACAGAAAUUCCCCGAGCAUGGUGCGUCCUUCAACAGUAAAUAUUUUAGGAAGCGAUCCUCUGCUCCUACAGAUUCUACACAGCAAUAGCCUGUUCUAAGUUUCUAGAUCUAAGUUGUACAAUAAAUAACUUUAGAAGUUUGUUUCUGUAAUAUCCUUUUCCAUAUUUUGUACCUUGAAAUCAUCCUGCAAAUUAUCUAUGUAUGUACUUGCCAUGGUGUAGAUUAUGUUGUGAAACAUGAGUUCUCUGAGCUCAUGACGCCCCUUCUCUCAGAGAGCAAGGAAAUAUUCUUUGGCAGCUUGUGCUGCAAUUUUUUGUUAUGAAAUCUUUCCAAAUUAGUAGUGAUU